AGCACACAAUCUACAUAGAUUGCCGACAUGAGCGAGCCAACCGAUGGAGAGGCGCUGGAGUGGAACUCACUACGAGACAGCCUGAGCCGCAUCCAAGAGGCGACCACCAACCUCGUCGCCGUGUACUCUUCGGCGCCGAGCGAGGAGGCGUGCUGGGCUGGCAAGCAGGCGCAAUCGGCCUCCAAGUACGCCGCGACGGGAUCGGCGCUCAACCUCGUCCUCGCCCUGCUGCUGCUGACGCAGAUCGCUUGGCCGCUUGUGCGGGCCAAGACAAACGACGAGGUGGUGCCCGGCGGCGGCGGCGGCGGAGGAGGAGGAGGAGGCGGCGGCGGCGGCGGCGGCGGCGGCGGCGGCUUGCUGCGCCGGCUUCCAAGCCUGAUGGCGGGCUUCGUCGCCGGCCUGCUCGCGGCUGGCAAGUCUCCCUCCUCCCUCCUCGCCACGAGCCUGCCUCUGACGCGCCAGACGGCCUUCGCUUCGACCCACCGCGGAGGCCUCUCGCUGGCGCACGUGGCACCACCUCGCGGCACCGGCGGCGCGGGGGAGGCUCCUUCUGUCACACUCCCUCCGCCGACCUGGUCGCCGCGCGCCUUUGGCCGCUCGCCUCUCCCCCGCGCCGCGCUACUGCCGUCGAAGGCCGGCGGCGGCGCGGCGCGCCGCGCGCUACUGCCGUGAUGCAGCCGGCGAGGGCGCGCUUUGGCCUUUGACGCCACGGCGGGAAGAGGUGUCGCGUCUCGCGUCCUGCUGCUGCAUGUGCAUGUCCAUUGCACCUUUUGCUGCUUGCUCUGCGUGUCGUCGUCGGGGCGUGAGAGCGCGGGUUGAUGUGCAUUGGUGCCCCCCACGUGCAUUGCCCGGGGUCGCCUCUCGCGUAGUGCCCCCGAUUGUGGCCCCCCGCCGCCGCGGGUCGACGCGGAGAUCCGUGGCACUACGUUUUGCUCGCGGGGAAAGUUGUAGAGAUUGGCGGCUUCUUUAGUCUAUUCUUAUUUUCUGGAGUCCUC